AUGCAGUCUCAGCAAUCCUGCCGCACCAGUCAGACAGCACCAGCUGGCACUUCCCACGCACUUCCGUAUCGGCUGGAGAGGAAACUGGAGCAGAAUUCGUCGCUCGUCAGUCGUCCACCACACCACGACCCUCACCCACGGCCAAUCUCGAGCGCCAAAACAGCACACCCGCUGCAGCAGCCGGCCGCGGAUGUACAUCUUACUGGCGGUCUAAGGCUGACGCCACUCCAAAUGGCGCAGCUCGAUACAAGAGGCCCCGGCGACUUUGGUGACUCUGGCUCCUGGUGGCAGACGGCUCCCGGCCACAUGCCCUCGCCCUCGGUCUACGAGAAGGAGGACUGGAUGCGAACGGAGUUGCCGUCGCCCCUGCCAUCGCCUCGCCAUUCUCGGAGGGACGUACAUAGAUCCGCCUACUCAGCCUACUCAGCUACCCCGUCGUCCGUUGCUACCUCUCACCAACGACCGGCCGUGAGCCUGGCAGCAUCCCUACUGGCUUUACCACGAGGCAUGCGACAGCACAGCUCUGCCAGCCCGCUUGUCGGACGGCCGCCGGCUGCGCCAAUUCCGUUUGCCCGGGCGUCCACUGCCCCAACCGGGAAGCGGGCCACCGCCACCACUAUUCGCCCCUAUGAAGGCCGGUCUCAGUCUGGCAGCCGUCGCACGGCUUCCCACAGAGACCAGAGUCCACGUUCGGCUCACCACUACCGCUCGACCCCCGAAACUCGCCGGUCGGUGCGGUCCUCCUUUGACGAGUCCGAGAGAGAAUCGGACACGACCGACUCCUCGCAAGACGAGGAGGACGAUGGCGGCGAUGGCGUCUACGUAGACAAGAAUGCCCUGCGCGACCGUCUCGACAUCCGCCGCCGAUCCAGCAGCCAGCACCGCCAGGCGCAGGACUCGGACGGCCCACAGCGCGAGGGCGGCGAGGACCGCCAACGGCAGCGCGAACAGGGACAGCGACAAGGGCAGGGCCCAGGCCAGUCCCAGCCGGGGUCUUCUCGACGCACCGCCCCUCGUCGCAGCACCGAGAGCCGGGGUGCCGGCACCGGUCGCAGCCGGAGCAGAAGUCGGAGACGCGAGAAGGUCAUCUACGAAGAGGAUGCCGAAGCAACCGAGGAUGUCACGGCCGAGGAGGACGACGACAGCGAUCCCCCUCCACGGCCGGCAGCCUCUAGGCAGGCUAGCAGAGCGCCCACGUCCCGGCACACUUCUGCCACGCAGGCGACGCGCUUUGCGCCAAAGCGUGGCAAGAGCCUGCGCCGUCCCGGCAGUUUUGACGACGGGUGGAAGAACAGAGCAACUUCGAGAAGCCGGCCGUCAUCGAGACGAUACUGCGAGACAGAAGUCCCAGAAUCCUACGCCAACAACACGGCGCCUCUCCGCCGAGCACAGACGCAGCCUACGGCGCCUCCGAUGGCCUCGUCGCCGAGUGUCGGCUCGUCGAAACUGUCGGUACUGGGGGGCUUCGUCGGACAGGCGCCUGCCAAUGAGAUGCCGAGUAGCCACCAUGACUGUGCAAUAUGUGGCGAGGAAUACGCACUGUCCCGUCUGGCCAAGCUGAGCUGCAAUCACCGGAUGUGCAGCUCCUGCCUGAAAGACAGAUUUGCAAAGGCGAUGUCGGACCCGCGGGCGAUGCCGCCGAGGUGCUGUGACAGGCAGAUCCCGCUGAAGUACGUCGAGAAACUGUUUGAUCUGGGCUUCAAGCGUGCCUGGAACCAGAAGCUGCGCGAAUAUGCGGCUCAGUCGCGGCCUCACUGCCCACGGUGUGGAGAAUGGCUGAAGCCGGACGACAUGUACUCGGCCGACGACCGGAAGGCGGCACAGUGCAGCAAGUGUAGGACGAAAGUGUGUCGUCUGUGCAACGGGCCAUGGCACAUAUCGCGCCAGUGUCCUCCGCGAGAAGGGUCCAGCCGGUUCCUGGACGAGGCCAGAGCCGAGGGCCGGCAACGAUGCUACAAAUGUCGGGCCAGGACGCCGCUCUAUGACAGCCAGGAUCACGUGACAUGCGGGAAAUGCGGAGCAGAGUGUUGUAUGGUGUGCGGCACGAAGUGGAAGACGUGUGACUGUGCCGUGUUUGAGUGCGACGCCGGGGACACCAGCCGAUCCGAGUACACGCAGAAGCCGUUCAACAGCAUGCGAGGCGACCGCUUUGGCUCGGCGGCGACUUCGAUCCGGGACUUCCACCACGGCCGGGCGGCCGGCACUGCCUCUGCCGGCGUGUCGGUGGUGGCCCCUACGAGGCAGGACGACGAACGCACGUUUCUGCAGCGGCGACUGCACGACCCGCGAGACGAUGAUCUGGCCAACCGGAUGCACACAGCCUUCACCAGCUUCGGCGACGAAGAUCGGUCGGGAUACUACGAUGGCCGAUACCGCGAGGCGGAAGAGCGAUCGGAAGACGAGACGGAAAAGUAUCCGAGGCGACAUGCCGAAAGCGACCUGGGUGUGUAUGCUCGCGGGCGGCACAGUUUCCUGGAAGAAGGCAGCCGACAGCGGUCAGCCACGGUGAUCCUGCCGCCUCCUGCAGGAGGCAACUACUACGUGGCCGGCGUGAAUAUGGCCAGAGGGGUUCGCGGGAGCUCCCAAGACCGUCGGCUGGCCGACCGGUUCAACGCCGACUACAGGACCAAUCCGGCACAUCGAGGCAUGCUGUCCACCAUGGCUAUGGCACCUGCUAUGGCACCUGCUAUGGCGCCUGCUAUGGCGCCAGCCACGGCACCUCCGAUGACAGGCGUGGGUGCGCUGUCGGCACCGGUCAGAGCGUCCAUGGGAGGGAUGCCGAUGGUACCGAUGGGGCCUAUGCUCCAGCCGGCCAUGUCACUGGAGGCACCGCUGAUGCGACGACACCCGAUGGAAGGCGACGUGUUUGACAGCCCGGAUCUGCUUACGUCAUGGCCCGAGCACAACCCAUACGCCGUCGACCACCACAUGCGCUACGGCGACAUGGAGGCAGAGGCGUACGGCGUGCCGCCAUCCAGGGGACGAGGCGGGUGGCGACGCACCGUGAGAGAUGAGAAGCCCAGGUCAGUGAUGGCUGGCCUGGCCGGGCCUGACCGCGGCAUGGGCCGCGUGGGUGAAUGGCUUUCGUACGUUGAUCCGGGUGAUUUGGAGGGCGAUACGGAUUCCAUCGACGGAUGA